AUGCCAGAGUCUCGUUCGUUAUCGGAAUUAACCAGACAAAUCGCUCCACCAACUAAGAACGGCCAUGCACCACCACCCACGGAAUCGAGAAAGAGCUCUCAAUCUGUCAAUCCUGUCCGUGUCCGGGCCGGGAUCAACCAGGUAGCCGCCACCCACGGCGGCGCCGCGGCGCUCCGCGCCAGCGCCCGGACGCCCGGCCCGCCGGCCCGCCGCCCUGCCAACCCUGACCGCCCCCGGCUCUUUCGCCGCUCCGACCCGCGGGAGCGGCAUCGCCGACGCCACGGGGGCGGCAUGGCAGCGACGGCCACCGGCGGCGGCGGCCGGCCGCAUCGCGACCCGGCGGCGCCUGGGGCGGGGAACGCCGCCGCCCGCGGGGCUCCCCCCCGCCCGCCGCGCGGCGGGGAGGCGAGGGACGCCCUCGGCGACGGCCGACCCCGGCGGCCGGCCCUUCCCGCGACGCCGCGGGCAAGGAGCCGGGACCGCUGCGCAGCUUCGGAUUUGGACGGCACGAGCCUUUCGGGGGGUCUCUCGCGGCUCAGCUCCAGCCGCACCGCCACCCGGCGCGCUGCUCGCGGCCGGCACCCACGGGGCGCUAGCCGGGACCGGGGCCAGCACCAGCACCUCGCCUGCAUUGAAGGACACCUGUGCAAGCUCGCGGGGCCACGCGGCCGUCACACAGCCCGGGACGGUCAAGCCGCCCUCCCCGGCAGCGGGAGGGGCGGCACCUCGCCUGCGACGGGAAGCGAAUUGGAAAGGAGACCGCCCUGCCCGAGCACCGGACCCCGCCGUGGCCUUCCCCAUGACAGAGAAGACCCGGAAGAGCCCGGCCGGCCGGGGGCCCUCGCCGACGCCACCCGAAAAGCCUCAUCGAUCGGACACACGGGACGCGGCUGCUGCUGCUGCUGCUGCUGCUGCUGCGGAAAGGAGGGGGGCAAAGCAGCCGCCGACACGCUGGCAACAAGGGCCCCACGGCCACGCUGCUCCUCCUGGGACAGCCGCUCGCGGAUCGAGCACGGCAGAGGAGCGCGGGGGGUGCCGCCACCCGCCCGCCCGCCGACAAGGCUUCCCUCUUUAGCCAGGCGACGGCGGGACGGGACCGCCGGGCUGGGGGUGAGCUUCACCCUUUCGCCCGGGGAACCCAUCCCAGCGUGCGAGAAGAAAGGUGCCACCGACCGCGCCACGGGCCACCGGCUUUCCCCCGGCCUCGCAGGCAGCAGCCGGCUCUCCCUCCGGAAAAAGACGGGGGACGGCACCACAAAAAGAUCUCGGCUCUCUCCUGUGCACACCUUGGCUUUCCUGGGCCCGCGCGCCUUCCCGGCGCGCCUCUCGGUGCCGCGGCUUAGGGCCGCCAGAGAAAAAGCGCAACGCAGGCCGGGCGGGCGGCCCCCACACCGCCCGCACGCCGGCGCGCGCCUGAAGAAAAAAACGGACCCGGCUGGAAACCCAGCCCACCGGGCAGAAGCGACUCGAUCCGCACACGACCGAGGAAGAGCGAGGCGACGCCGCCUCGCCCACCACACGCUCCGGGGGCUCUCUGGCGGCUUCCGGCCGAGGAAGGGGGACGACUUCCACAACACACGCUGCUGGCCCGGGGUGCCGCCACCCCGGCUCCACAGCACAUCGGGGGACCGCCCUCACCGAGCCCCUCAAGCCACGCGGCAACGCCGAAGCCAAGGCCGCGCGCCCCCCCGCCGCCCUUCCGACACGGACACGCUGGCAACAAACAGGUCGGGAGCGGGAGAACGGGACGCCGCCACCUCGGCGGGCCCUGCUCGGGGCUCUCGGCACCUCACUCGGCUCUCUCGGAGCCUCUCUGCUUCCCUGGGUCGGGACGGGGACCGGGACGACGCCACGCGACUCGUCCCGCGUCAGCGGCACUCGCUUUGCCCUGAGGAUGACCGCGCGCGCGGGCCCUCCUUCGCCGCUUCGGACACAGGCAUGCUGGAGGCCUGUGGGGAUGCGGCCCGUCACCUCGCUCCCAUAGCUUUCCCCGCCUCCGCCCAACCGCCACGGCUGGGGGCGCCCCGCCCUCCCCCCCGUCGGACUCCCCGCCGCCGCCUGCAGACUUUUCCCGCCCCGGCCCAGUCUCUCCUCAGCCAGUUGGCACAGCGGCAGCGGCGGGAGGGCCGGCAGCGGGCCGACACCCAGGCAGCCGGGGCCUUCGGCCGGUCUCGCCGAGCCUUCUGCUCGGACGGCCUUCCUUCCUUGCUGCUCAGGCCCGGCCCCGGCCCGGCCUGCGGCGGGACGGCAGCGGCGGCAGGGGCUGAAGGGAGGGAGGCAGAAAUCCGGGCGGGAGCCGGGCCGCCGCGCCUUCGGCCGGCCGGGAGUCCUAAAGGCUCCCUCCUUCCCUCUCGGGGUGGCUGGGCGCGGGGGGAUGCGGGCAGGACGUCGGCGGGGGCGUGCGCCCGGCGGCAGCGGAAGCGGGCCGCCUUCGCCUCCCGGCUCUCGGGGGGAAAGAGGGUGCGCCGCGGGCCGCGCGCGGCCCCCGGAGCGGGUGGCGAGUGGCGGGCGUACGGGGGCCUGCCGGAUGCGCGGCCCGCCCGCCUUACGCCGGCUUGCGGGCCAGGACGAGGACGCGGGGUCUACCCCGAGCCCCUCGGCGGCGGGAGCCCAAGGCCGGCCCGGGACAACAGGUCUACCCCCGCGCCCGGAGACGGCAGCAGCGGCAGCGGACGGACGGGCUUGCUCCCGCCGCGCCCGCCGCCGCCGCCGCCGCCUGCGCGGCCAAGCCCCCGCCCCGCGUAUCGGGCCUGGGACCCGCGCGGAGGGAAGUCGAGGCCGCGCGCGGCCCGGCGGGGCCUCUCUCUCUCUCUCUGGGCUGGCAAGCGCGCGCGCCCCCCCCCCACCGACGGAGGAGCGCGCCGCCGGCGGCACGCGGCCCCUUCGCUCGCUUGCCCGGGCUCCCGGACUCCGCGUCUCGGGCCUGGGACCCGCGCGGAGGAGAGCGCCGAGGCGGACCGCGCUGGCGCGGGCACGGGCGCCCGCGCCGCCGGGGCCCCCUGUCGGCCCCGGCCCGCCGAGAGAGAGGCCUCGGAGGAGGAGGAGGAGGAGGAGGAGGCGGGCCGGCGCCCGCGCUCCUGCCGGCCAGCGACAAAAGCUUGUGUCGAGGGCUGA